CUUGGCAGGAAGUGGCCACUGCAGAUGGUGGGGACCAGGUUUCACUGAGGACCCUCCCUCUCUCCGUUCCCAUCCACGGUUCUCCCCCACCAAGGGCAUGAGGCUGGCAGAGGGCCCGGUCACCCUCAGGACGCCCCUCUUGCUGCUUGGGCUCUGGGUGGUGCUGGCUCCCGCCCAGUGUUCUCAAGGUCGUCCCUCCUGGCGCUACAUCUCCUCGGAGGUGGUGAUUCCCAGGAAGGAGCUGCACCAUGGCAAAGCCGUGCUGGCAGCAGGCUGGCUCUCCUACAGCCUGAGGUUCGGGGGCCAGAGACACGUCCUCCACAUGCGGCGAAAGAGACUCUUUUGGCCUGGACAGCUGGUGGUGAUGACGCAGGAUGACCAGGGGGCCUUGCAGGUGGACUACCCCUAUUUCCCUCUCGACUGUUACUACCUGGGCUACCUGGAGGACAUCCCUCUCUCCAUGGUCACCGUGGACACGUGCUAUGGGGGCCUGGAAGGCAUCAUGAAGGUGGAUGACCUGGCCUAUGAAAUCAAACCCCUCAAGGAUUCCCAGAGGUUUGAGCACAUCGUUUCUCAGAUCGUAGCCGACACUAACGCCACAGGACCCAUGUCCACGCCUGGACACAAGGCUGAGAGGUACCCACCUCUCUCUGACUCGAACCCCAGUGCAGCCUCCAGGACAUGGGCCCCAUGAACUUAAUCAUCGACCAUACCUAUACGCGAUAUGCAGUAAAACAAAUCUCAUCUUUCUGGGCCACCUAUCCAGACA